AUGGCAGCUCCCAGAAUCAACAAAUAUGGAAGAACGUAUGGCCCAGGAAAGGCUUUGUCUGAAGAUAUUCGAACGUGUGUCAUUGCUGAGCUCUUGCAAGCCGAAGGGGAUAGAUGUACAGGUUUUACUAACGCCUCGUUUAAAGAUGUCGCAAAGAGAUUUAAAAUAUCCCACAGCUCCGUGUCAAACAUAUGGAGAACAUACUGCGAAAGAUAUACUGUACAGGAGUCAAAACGUGGUGGAAAUUUCAGUCAGAAGUUAAAUGCUGAUGACCUUGAACUAAUAGAAAUAUUGAAAACAGAGAACGGCUCAAUUUCACUAAAUGAAAUUUAUGAAAUUUUGAGUGAAGUUAAUGACGAUAAUACACACAUUUCCUUAUCCACAAUAUCUCGAGCUGUGAGAAAACAUAUGCUUUCUGGAAAAAGAUAUUCCAGGAAAAAAAUAUCACAUGUUGCCACUCAACGUUUCACCCAGUCGAACUUGCUUUAUACGCAGAUAUUUAUUGACUACGUAUGCUCUAAAGACCCUUGGCGUUUAAAAUUUUUUGACGAAGCAGGCCUGAAAAUUCCCGACGUUGGUACAAGACGCUACGGCCAUUCACCAGUCGGUGAAAGGUGUGUAAACGUCAUUAGAAAAUAUGAAUCCCCAAACAAUACAUUAAAUUUGCUUGUUUCUUUGAACGGAGCUGAUUAUUAUAGCGUUAUUCCGGGAGCAAGUAACACCAUGGAAUUCCUCAAUUUUUUUGAAGAAGCUGCGGCCGCUAUUAAUUUGAACACUCAUCGCCCAGUAUUUGGUGUGGGUGAUGUUGUUAUAAUGGAUAAUUUGGCGGUUCACCAAUACGAGGGUGGGGAAGUUCUUGAAGAAUUUUUGGGAGAGAUGGGUAUAGAGCUUCUGUAUACCCCCGUUUAUUCACCGGAUUUAAAUCCUAUAGAGCUGUGCUUCAAUAAAAUAAAAACUAUGCUUAAUUAUGAAUUAAAAUCUCGAGUUCAUGACAAUUUACCCUUGGCAGCCAUGCUCGCUAUUGAACAGAUUUCCCAAGAGGAUAUGAAGGGUUUCUAUAAAUAUACUUCAUACUUAUUUCCACAUAUGUAA